CCACCGAGGGGAGGGCGGGCAGAGCGUCCCUCGGGGGCCUUACUUCGGCUCGAGGGCGGGCCUGCGGCGGCUCCUCUUCCCAGCUGACGCCUCGGGAGGCCGCGAGGGGGUCGCCCGGAGCGGGCCUUCACUCCGCCGCUGCCUUUCUUCGGCUUUCAAAGGCCGGAACGCUCUGCCUGCCUGCCUGCCUGCUGGCGAGCCCCAGCCUACGAGGGCGCCGAUGGAGGGAGGCCGGGCAGAGGGGGCGAGGGCGCCCGCGCUCUUCCGGCGGGCCAACCGGGAGUUCGAGGAGCGCGAGGAGGACGACGGUGAGAAUUCCAGCUCCACAGAAGACAUCCCUCCAGAACAUCUGGGGCUCAAGACUUCUGAAGAAACAGUACCUCCUAAACCCAAAGUUAGGGUCCUUGGUGAAGAUCUUGCUAUGUCCAGCAUCCAUGUCCCAGAGCGAGAGGGGCCCUCGAGUUCCAUGGCUGCAGAGGUAGCCACAGCGGUUAAGGACAUGAAGCGCUUCAUGGGAGAAUUCAAUGUAGACCUGGCCACAGUGACUCAGGCUUUUCUGAAAAAUAGUGGGGAAGUGGCAGCUGUGGCAAAUUGUCUGCAGACUGGGCAGCGUUCAGAUGGUUAUCCUCUUUGGAACAGACAGGAUGAUGUGGUCUUGCUGAAAGGCCAGGAGGGAGACAGAAAUAACUUAGAAACAAAAUAUGGAGUAGAAAAUGUAAGUAAACGAGUGGGAUUCAGGACAAGUUAAUCUAUGCCAGGAGUGAAAAUAACCAAAGCUGCUACAAUAGGGACAAUUCUCCUUCCUUUUUUUCUUUUUGUAAUCUUUAUUUGUAUAGCAACCUGUUUACUCUUAAUCAUGAUUGCAUCUGUUCUUGAAUAGUUAACAUUGAUUUGGCAAUAAAGUUUUACAGAUCAGUCUUACAUAGA